AGAAGAAGAAGAAAAUAUGGCAUUAAUAGGAUAUCAUAUUGCUCUAUUUUGUGUGGUGACUCUAGUUUCCUCAUUGGUUACUUUAACAAAAGGUAUUACUCUUAAUGCAGCUUCCCUUAAUAGGAACAAAUUCCCUCCAAGCUUCAUCUUUGGUACUGCAUCUUCAGCUUACCAGUAUGAAGGUGCAGCAAACGAAAAAGGUAGAGGAGAAAGUAUAUGGGAUACUUUUGCACAUAAAUAUCCAGAAAAAAUAAAGGAUAGAAGUAAUGGAGAUAUAGCAAUUGACUUCUACCACCACUACAAGGAAGAUAUUGAGAUAAUGAAGGAUAUGAAUUUGGACGCUUACCGAUUUUCCAUAUCUUGGUCUAGAAUACUCCCUAAAGGAAAAUUAAGUGGAGGAAUAAAUCAAGAAGGGAUUGACUACUACAAUAACCUCAUCGAUGAACUUGUGGCAAAGGGUAUCCAACCAUUUGUGACUUUAUUUCAUUGGGAUCUUCCCCAAUCUUUAGAAGAUGAGUAUGGUGGCUUUUUAAGCCCUCUCAUCAUAAAAGACUUUCAAGAUUUUGCAGAAGUUUGCUUCAAAUUUUUUGGAGAUAGAGUAAAAUAUUGGAUAACAUUAAAUGAACCAUGGAGUUAUAGUAGAAACGGCUAUGCAUUAGGAAAAAUGGCACCAGGUCGAUGUUCUUCGUGGUUGAAUCAUAAUUGCAGUGGUGGUGAUUCAGCAAUUGAACCUUAUUUUGUUGCACAUUAUCAACUUCUUGCACAUGCAGCAGUUGUUAGUAUGUAUAAGACCAACUAUCAAAAAUCUCAACAUGGUUUGAUAGGCAUAUCAUUGGUAGUUAAUUGGUUUGUGCCAUUCUCAGAUAACAAACUUAAUCAAAAAGCCACCCAACGAGCUAUUGACUUUAUGUCUGGAUGGUUUAUGGACCCUCUAACAAGAGGAGAUUAUCCAAAAUCUAUGCGUAUAUUAGUUAAAGAACGAUUGCCAAAGUUUACUAAAGAGCAAGCAAAGCUAGUGAAUGGUUCAUUUGAUUUUAUUGGUAUAAACUACUAUUCUUCUAACUAUGCUUCUAAUGCACCUCACUUAAGCAAUGCUAAUAAAAGCUACAUGACAGAUUCACUUGUUGAUCAUUCUUUCGUGCGUGAAGGAAAACCCAUAGGUUUGAAUAUUGCUUCAGAUUGGUUGUAUGUUUAUCCAAAAGGAAUUCGAGAUUUUUUGAUAUACAUUAAAGAGAAAUAUAACAAUCCUUUAAUUUAUAUCACUGAAAAUGGGAUCAAUGAGUAUGAUGAUUCAACAUUAUCACUUGAAGAAUCUCUUUUAGAUAUUUAUAGAAUUGACUAUCAUUAUCGACAUCUUUUUUAUCUUCAACAUGCAAUUGAUGCUGGUGUGAAUGUUAAGGGGUAUUUUGCAUGGUCAUUGUUGGACAAUUUUGAAUGGCAUUUGGGAUAUACAGUGCGAUUUGGAAUGAAUUUUGUUGAUUAUGAAAAUGGUUUGAAAAGAUAUCAAAAACUCUCAGCAUUGUGGUUCAAGGAUUUUCUCAAAUCCGAAAUCAAACUUCAUGAAGAGUCAAUUUGAUUUAAUGUGAAACUCCUUAUUAAUA